UGUGGAAUGACGUGGAGAACGUGUUCUCCAUAAUGAUAAUAAACCGUGCAGACAAGGAUACAGAAAAGCUCAUCAGGCUUUUGCUGUGACACGGGGGUCGAUACGGGGACAGUGACGAUCAGUCACGUUUGGACUAACACCGGUGGACUCGUUAAAUUUGGUGGAGCCGAAAAAGAGCUGAGCAACGAGGCAACGUGAUGGCUUCAGCACCUGCCAGUGUGGAUUCCAAGGCAGAGCUGACUGCUCUUCUCGAACAGUGGGAGAGAGAACAGCAAGGCAGUACCCAGGAGCUGGUUAACAUUCUUACAAAAAUCUCAGAGCUUGUUGAGAAAGAGACAGAGGAGUACCACAAAGUGGAUCCAGACCCUUUUGAUGAUCGACACCCCGGGAGAGCUGAUCCAGAAUGCAUGUUAGGGCACCUGCUCAAGAUCCUGUUCAAGAAUGAUGACUUCAUGAACGCACUGGUGAAUAGCUAUGUGAUGACCAGCAGAGAGUUUUCCCUCAAUGCAGCAGCUUGUCGCCUGCUUCAGAACAUCAUGCCAGGAUUAGAGACAGCAGUGGUCUUUCAAGAAAAGGAGGGUAUUGUUGAACGGCUGUUUAAAUGGGCCCAGGAGGCUGAGCAGCCACUCAGAAUCUAUGCCACGGGCUUGUUGGCUGGUGCCAUGGAGAAUCAGGACAUUGCUGCCAACUACAGGGAGGAGAACUCCGUUUUGGUGCCUUUGAUGCUGCAUCGGUUACGUGAGCUCCAGGACAGGGAUGCUGAGAACAAAAGAGAAAUCAAACGGCCCAGCCCCAGGAAGGCUAUGAGUGAACCUCUGCUACCUUUAGAUGAGGAGACUGUUGAUGGUGGCUUUGAAGAGAAGCUGUUCACACCAGGCAGAAAUGGAACCGAAAGAGAGGCAACAGGACCUGAGGAGGGUGGCGAAAUUUCCUUCUCGACCAUUGAGCCUGAAAACGAACUUUCAUUCCGUCUCAACUCCCCUCAUAAGGCCAACAGCCGCUCCAGCUCCGCUGUUAAAACUAUGAUGAAGCCCAUGUCUGCCCCAGGUUCACUGAUACACCAAGAUAUUUCUGAUGGCAACACUUACCUGAGAAGGAAGGCAGAGAGGGAGAGUGGCAGGACCUCCAAACUGAGGCUCAAUUUCUCUCUGCCAGAUCCAGAGAGGAACUUCAGUGAGCUUUCCAACAGCAGCUGGUCUGAGAUGAGCCCCUGGGUGAUUGGCAACAACUAUCAGCUGUACCCUCUGACCCCAGAGAUUGAGCAGAGGUUAAUCCUGCAGUAUCUCACUCCUCUGGGGGAGUAUCAAGAGUUGCUGGCCGUGUUCAUGCAGAUGGGAGCCCGUGAGUUACUCAUGCAUUACAUGGAUUUAAAGCAGACCAAUGAUGUGCAGCUCACCUUUGAGGCUCUCAAGUACCUUGCAUCACUGCUGCUCCACAAGAAGUUUGCUGCAGAGUUUGUGGCUCAUGGAGGCGUUCAGAAGCUGCUGGAAAUCCCCAGACCUUCUAUGGCUGCUACUGGAGUCUCUCUGUGCCUCUACUACCUUGCCUAUAACCAGGACGCCAUGGAGAGGGUGUGUAUGUUGCCUCACUCCAUCCUGUCAGAUGUUGUUGGUUACACGCUGUGGCUGCUGGAAUGCUCACAUGCAUCAGGUUGCUGCCACGCCACCAUGUUCUUUUCCAUCUCCUUCUCUUUCCGUGCUGUCCUGGAUCUGUUUGACAAGCAGGACGGGCUCCGGCGCCUUGUCAACCUGAUUAGCACACUGGAGAUCCUGAACCCUGAGGACCAGGGGGCGCUGCUGAGUGAUGAUGAGAUUUUCUCCAGCAGGCAGACAGCCAAACACACCUGCAUGGCCCUGCGCAGGUACUUUGAGGCCCAUCUGGCUAUCAAGGUGGAGCAGGUGAAGCAGUCCCUGCAGCGCUCAGAGGGGGGCGCUCUCAUUCACUCUCAGCCUUACUACAAGGCGGUCAGCUAUAGCCGUGAGCAGGUGGUGGAAAUGAUGGAGUUCCUGAUAGAGUACGGACCACUUCGGCUUUACUGGGAACCAGCAGAGGUUUUCCACAAGCUCUCAUGUGUGCAACUCCUCCUCCAGCUCAUUUCUAUCGCCUGUGAUUGGAGAACCUACUAUGGCAGGAGUGAUACAGUCCGUUAUGCCCUUGACAUCCUCAGUAUUCUCACAGUUGUUCCAAAGACCCAGUUGUUAUUGUCAGAGGCCAUUGCUGUGCUCGACGAGGGAGGAUCCACCGUUUCCACUGUUGGAAUGAGUAUAGUCCUGGCAGUGGCGGAGGGAGAGGUGUUUGUGAAUGACGCGGAGAUUCAGAAGUCAGCUCUACAGGUUGCCAUCAACUGCGUCUGUGCUCCAGACAAGCGCAUCUCCAGCAUUGGAAAGUUCAUCGCAGGCACCCCCCGCCGUCGCCUGCCCCAGCAGACCAAAGCCAGUGAGAGUGUGCUCACUAAGAUGUGGAAUGUGGUGCAAUCCAACAAUGGCAUCAAGGUCCUGCUGUCCCUGCUGACAGUGAAGAUGCCCAUUACAGAUGCAGAUCAGAUCCGAGCUCUCGCCUGUAAGGCUCUUGUGGGUCUGUCUCGCUCCACCUCCGUAAGACAGAUCAUCAGCAAGCUGCCUUUGUUCAGCAGUGGGCACAUCCAGCAGCUCAUGAAGGAGCCCGUGCUCCAGGAUAAACGCAGCGAACACGUCAAGUUCUGUAAGUUUGCAGCAGAGCUGAUUGAGAGGAUCUCUGGAAAGCCGCUGCUGAUCGGUACAGACGUGUCACUGGCAUGGCUGCAGAGGGCCAGUGUGGUUGCUCAGUCCAGGAUCAACUUCCCAGAGAAAGAGCUGCUGUUACUCAUAAGGAACCACCUUAUGGCCAAAGGCCUUCAUGACACUGCCUCCACACUCACGAAAGAGGCUGAGCUCCCAAUGGCUUGUCUGUCUCAUUCAUCACAUUCAGCUUCUGCUUUCCCUUCUGUUGCUCCUCCUCCGCCUUCCUCUCCCGUCACCACUCUCCCACGCACACCACGGCUGGCCAGUGGUGUUGGCUCAAGACUCGCAAACCUCACUCCUCACUCAUCCACGCCUGGGUCCAGCCACCUGCAAACCCGUCCGUCUACAUCACAACCCACUGGCACGACCUCUACUGCCUUCCCCUCAACAUCUGUCCCCCACUGUAGCAAUGGAUCCCCGCUGAUAGGUCGAAUUGUUUUCUCUCGUGAAAGACAAACGGGUUGCUCUGUGAUGAGCUGCAAGAAAUCCCGGGUGCUCCGGCAGAAGUCCGACCAUGGCGCCUUCAGCCAGAGUCCAGCCAUGAAAAAGCAGUUUGACAGGCACCUGCCUUCUCCUCCUGCACUAGACAGCAUUAUCACAGAGUACCUGAGGGAGCAGCAUGCACGCUGUAAAAACCCAGUAGCAACAUGUCCGCCCUUCUCUCUUUUUACACCCCAUCAAUGCCCCGAGCCAAAACAGAGACGCCAAGCACCCAUUAACUUCACGUCCCGACACACACGGAGAGUUAUAUAUCCCAAAUAUGGAGGAGUCGACGGAGGAUGCUUUGAUAGACAUCUCAUCUUCAGCAGGUUUCGGCCCAUCUCCGUGUUCAGGGAGGCCGAUGAGGACGAGAGUGGAUUCAUGUGUUGUGCCUUCUCAGCCCGCGAGCGGUUCCUGAUGCUCGGGACCUGCACGGGACAGCUCAAGCUCUACAACGUGUUCACGGGCCAGGAGGAAGCCAGCUACAGCUGCCACAGUUCAGCCAUUACUCACCUGGAACCGUCAAGGGACGGCUCUCUGCUCCUAACAUCAGCCUCUUGGAGUUACCCGCUGUCUGCACUGUGGGGCAUGAAAUCUGUGUUCAUCAUGAAGCAUUCAUUUCUGGGCGACCAUUAUGUGGAGUUCAGUAAGCUUUCACAAGAUCACGUCAUUGGAACAAAGGAACACAUAGCACGUAUUUAUGACAUCCAGACAGGGCAGGUGACACUGACUCUCAACAACCCAGACCUGGCUAACAACUACAAGCGGAACUGUGCCACCUUCAACCCCACAGACGACCUGGUAAUGAAUGACGGCGUGCUGUGGGAUGUGCGCACAGCUCAGGCCAUCCACAAGUUUGACAAGUUCAACAUGAACAUCAGCGGUGUGUUCCAUCCCAACAGCCUGGAGGUCAUCAUAAACACCGAAAUUUGGGAUCUGCGGACCUUCCACCUCCUCCACACGGUUCCUGCUCUGGACCAGUGCAGAAUAGUCUUCAAUAACAACGGCACUGUCAUCUAUGGAGCAAUGUUGCAAGCUGACGACGAAGACGACAUGAUGGAGAUGCAGAUAAAGAGUCCGUUUGGUUCGUCGUUCAGGACCUUUAACGCCACAGACUACAAACCAAUCGCCACUAUUGACGUCAAAAGGAAUAUAUUUGACCUUUGCACAGACACAAAAGACUGCUACCUUGCUGUAAUUGAGAACCAAGACUCGGUGAACACAGACACCGUGUGCAGGCUGUAUGAAGUUGGCCGACAGAGACUUGCAGAGGAAGAGGAGGAGGAUGAGGACGAUCAGGAGGAUGAUGAUCAGGAGGAAGAUGACGAUGAAGACGACGACUCAGACGAUGACAUCGACACGGACCCCCUGAUCGCCGAGCUGGAGAACGAGAACGGCGGAGAAGACGAGGACGACGAAGAGGAGGAUGAUGGGAAUGACGAAUUCUCUGACGAGGAGGUAGCUCGCCUCCUCGAAGAGGACCCAGACGUCGGGGACGAGGACGACGAGGACGACAAUGACGAAGACGACUCUGAUAACGACGUCGAUCUGGACGGAGACAACGACAGCUCUGACAACUCUGACCUUGAGGAUGAUAUCAUCUUAUCCCUGAACGAGUGAGGAGUCUCCGGCAGCCAGGGACCGAGGUACCGGGCAACAUGUCAAGACUUCUGCCUAGCAGACAUUUCCUGCUGCAGAACAGCAGGCAAGAGAAGAGAGAGAGAGAGAGAGAGAGAGAAUGUCAGCACAUGAGGUUGGAGAGCAUUUGGAGCACUGCCAGUUUGAAAGAAUAUGUGUCCACACACUUUGGAGUGGCUGCAAUGAGGAAAUUGACAUAGUGGAGGGUAAAAAUGAUUGUAUAUGACAUAGUUUUAUAAAACAAAAGUGGGCUUAAUGGUGAUUGGGAAGAGCAGCGUGUAGAUGCAGUGAAGAGUUUUAUAUUUUAUCACAUUAGUGGCUCUUUAAUGAGCCUCCUUAUUUGAUAUUGAUCCGCUCACUUUGUAAGCCUCAGUUUGGCCACAAAUUAGUCUUUUUGUAUAGGAAAGGACUUCCAGUGCAGGGCUAUAAGUCAGCAGUACCCUCUCAACCUCCUACGUGACAUCCAGAAUCGUCACAAAUGCUCAAAUAUGGAAUCGGGCAGCUAAUGAGAUGCACAAACAUGUUGCCAAUGCUUCAUCCGGCGUCAAACUCACUUUUCAGGGUUUUUUCUUUCACCAUAAACCAAAAAUGACCAAAACACCGCACACAGCAGUGCCGUUCAUGAACCUCCAGAUUUCAUUCUGUAAAUAGAGAAAAUGACAUCGGCCUGGUGCUCUUGAAUCGCUCAAGAAACCGUAAUCAGUGUGGACGUCGACAAAAGCCGUUGACACCCGUGCUCACUGUCAGCAGCUGACAGACGUACAGAGGUCUCUGCAGCUCUCGGCUGCUGCAUUACUUCACUCACCUUUUUUGAGCCACACACUGGUUUCAGUGAGUGUUGAAAAUGGCAGUGAAUCUUACUUUCUUUUUGAAAACUGAUUUUUGUUUUUACAGUGUGGUUCAGAACUGAUGAUAUAAAAAAAAAACAAAUGUGUUUGUUUCUUCUUCUAGAGACUGAUGAGAAGCUUCAUACUCAACUUUGUCAAAACAGAUGCCUAGCACUUGCACACUUUUUGAAGUGCAAACAUUUCAUGAUUUUUUUUUUUUCGCGGUUUGCCUUCUAUUUUGAUUUUACCGGUUUUCUUUUCCAUAGGGACACUUUCAUGUUGACUUUUUUGAGACAAUUUAUGUACAUCUUGUAUGUAUCUAAAGUAUUUUUACUAUAAAUAAAGCUGCAAAAAUAAA